AUGACCUACGGCGCCAUUCGGAUGGAGCGCGACCUUGGCGGCAUCAUGUGGGUGGUGACGCGCGUCAACUACGCCUCCCGCGAGAUGUUUGCCAUGACGAUGCAGAUCCUCAUGGUGGCGAAUACGGACGGCAUAAUCUGGGUGCUUAGUGAGGAGGACAAGAGGAAGGCAAAAGGAAUCUGGUUAGGCACUGUAAAGGGUGUCUUUUUCAGAUUUACCAGGUCUGCAUGCCGUUUUUUUGAGGGAGGAGGGGGGGAGUAUGAUGUUGAGCUUGACCAUCCAGGCGCUUGUGCCGUAUCAACUGCCCAUCCGUUUAGGGGUUCCACAUGCAAGCGACACCAUAGUCCUCGCUGUUGUAAGCUCUAG